GAUACAUUUUUUUGGAAAGAGGUACAUAUGGCUGGGUUGAUGCCUGGUGAUACUUCAAUCCAUGGAUUGUACGAAGGUGGGUCUUACAAACUUUCUGAAGACAAGCCAGAGGAAGUUGGUGGCCGUUGGUAUUUGUCUAGGAAGGAAAUUGAAGAAAAUUCCCCAUCUAGACGAGAUGCCAUCGAUUUGAAGAAAGAGACUUAUCUACGCAAGUCAUACUGUACAUUCCUGCAAGAUUUGGGCAUGAAGCUUAAAGUG